UUUUUAAAUUCAUUUCAUCAAAAUAAGUGAUAAAAAACAAAGUAUUGUUUUCAUUUAAUAUUACUUAACUUUCAAAUUAAGUGAAAUGUGUUAGUAACUCAUACAAAAUGUCUACGAUGUUAAUGCAAAGAGAUCUUGUUGUGACGCUGAAAAAGGAAACAAAUUUAAAUAUUGGGUUACUCAGCAAGUUACAACCUAUGCUUCCAGAUUUAUCGCAUUUAAUAUUCAAGGAUAAUGCUUUAGAUAAACCUACACAGAAUUUAUUUAACAAUUUAUCUUACUAUUUAGUGUCUAUAAUUGAUUCACAAGUACACGCAUCUUUAACAUGGCCUCUUUACGACACGAAAGCAGAAAGAACAUACAGAAAUGAACUAUCCAUUUUUAUUAGCGAUUAUAGUUCGAAAGGCUUGUUAACACAUGUUAUGUCUUCGUAUUUAGUGAAUACUGGUUGUUUUAAAGUAACAGUGCUUAUGUUUCAACUCUCACAGUUGGCGGUAAAUCGUUUGCUUGUAUCAAAAAUGAUGAAAGAUAGUAAAAGAACAUUAUAUAACACUAUGACUGAUAAAUAUAAAUCGCAAGAAAAAGAAGGUUUUGUGGAAUGUAUUGAAAGAGAAACAAAAAUUAUGUUAAGCAAAUUUUCUAAUUAUUUAUGUAAGAGACAGAUUAUGGAAAAAACGGCUGCGUUAUUUAGAAAGAGAAUAACUGAGAUGGAAAGUAAAUUGUGUUCUAUGAAUGCCCAGGGUUAUAUCAAUAAUUUGGUUGACAGCUUUCUAAAAGACAAUAUGGUUGAUGAAAACUUUAAAAGUGAUCUUUUAAAAAUUAAAAAUGUGAAUGAACAUCCAAACUUUUUUGAAAAUUGGCUUUUGGAGACAGAUAAAAAAUUAGAUAAUAUUGAAAGUGAAUGGAAUACGAGGGUGUUACCAUUUUUGACCAGAUGUAAAUAUAUAGUACAGAAUACAGAAGCAAUAAUUCAUCGACACACUGGCCAAAUACAAAAAAGUUCCUAUAUGAUAGAAUAUGACCCUAAAACUGAUUCAAUAUGCACAUCUGAAUUACAAAAUCAAGUGAACAGCCAACAAAAAUAUAUACUAAGGAACCUAGAAAAGGAUGGUGUACAAAAUUUUCCAAAUCUAAUCAGAGCAUUUCUUAUAUCAAUUUGUUUCAUUUUGAAAAAUAAUGAGAUUGGAGAUGAAAUUUAUAACUUUAAUAAAUAUUUGGAAGGCGGUGAAAAGAAUUUCAAAGAAGUUGUUAAUGCUUUAAAAGUAUUGAUUGAAAGAGUUUUAAAUGCCGAAGCUAAAUUGCAGUCCGUACCCAUUAUAUAUGAUGAGAUGGUGUCUAUAAAGGAUUAUCCAGAAAUACCUCCAAUGCCUGACUUGUCAGAAUUAAAGAUGAACCGGGAUCAGUACCAAGUCUUCUUUGAUACAUUUACUCCUUUAAAUCUCUACAAACAUAAAUUCAAUUUAAGAAAACGUACAAGUGGAAAUUUUCUCAAACCACAACCAAAGUCAUUAAUUACCCCAUUUUAUCAAGCCUCUAAAGAUGAUUUUAUGAAAAGCUUAAUAUCAUGUCGUAUUAGUUCCUAUGAUAUUGCAAAUACGACACACAAUAGUCACAAUAUGUCUGUCAUUUCAAAUAUAAAAGUCAAUGAGACAAUAACAGAAUGCUCAUCAGGUUUUACAAAACAGCAGAUCAUACGACUACUGUCCACAAAGAAAUCCAGUAGCUCGAAGAAAUUCAAAUACAAACAAGAAAGACCAGACAUUAAUAUUAAGAAAGGAGGAUUAUUCAAUGAAUCUGUGAACUCCAAUGAAAGCAAUGGCUUGUUUCGAAGUUAUUCCUCACCAAAUUUGUUUGAAAAUAGAGAGAAAAGAUCACUUAAUAAUGUAAGAGGCAGAAGACUUUCGAUAAUGCAAGAGGACAGUCCACCGCAACUUGACGUUUCUGGAAUUGCUUGCUUAGAUUCCGAUAGCAAUUAUAAUACACCACAUGGUCUAGGUAACGCAGAGAGUUCUAGACAAGCAGAAAUGUCCAAUUUUCCAAUAAUAUCUGUUACAAAAGAUGCGGAAAGUAGGAUUGAAAAAGUUCUAAAUGAUGUAAAAGUUGAUUUGAGUAAAGAUUUAAUGACUGACAGUACAGUAUCACCUAUUUUGGAUAUAACAAGAAAGAGUAUGGAACAAGAUGUGCAGUUGUCUAAAACGGAAACUCCUAAAACGAACACAUCACUCAUUAAAAAAACAAGUUCAUUAGAAAAAAUAAUAAACAGAUUUAAAAAAGUUAGAGCUAAUGUUAUACCUCAGAGCCUAAAUGAUGUUAAAACAAUUGUCGAAGAAAAGGAAAAUGUAAAUUUUGAUGUUUGCACGGCAAAUAGAGUUUUAUUGCCAGAUCUGUUGAGUCCCAGUUGCAGCACACUAUCUGUGAGACCAAAUGUUAAUUAUUUGGAUCAACUAUGCUUCGAUAUGGAGGAAGUUGAUCGUAGGAAGCCUCAGGAAAGUCUAGGAACUGCGCUGGGCGUCGAUCAAACCUUUUUAGACCAAUUUGAAUUAAUAGACUGAUAUUUAUUAUUAUUUAGUUGCAUAGGUCUGAUUUCAUAUUGCAUUUGUUGUUAUCAUUUCCUAAGUGAAAGAGUUAGCAAUAAUAGAUAUAAUAUUUAAUAUAAAUAUUAAUUUUUUGAUUUUUCAAUGUUAGUUUGAAUUCGCUUUUAUUCAUUUUUUUAAAGGCCAUCCAUAAAGUUUGUACCAAGCGUCUCAUUCUGUAAUACGCAAUCAUGACUGCUAAUGCUUUAAUUAAUUUAUGUGAUUUUAAGUUUUUUAAAUUUCAUAUUCCAUUAAUUGGUAUAUAUUUAUGUAGAUAAUUUUUUUUUUGUUUUUUCUUAUUCAUCUUCUAGUAGGCUUAUACAGAUCAUAUAUAAUAUGUAGUACGUACAUAAGCCAUGAUUAGAUGCAACCGAAGUUCUGAACUUAAGAAAGCAACAUUGAAUUCACUGUAUUAAAUAGAUGUAGAUACAGAUUAAGUAUUUUCUUAGCAGUAGACAACUCUAUGCUGUUGCUAUUUUACGAGAAAUGUUCGUUAAAUACAAAAGAUGAUAUUUAAAUUAUGGGUUAAUUUCAUAUGGAUGGCUUCUUAGUAACUUUUUACUUUGCUGAAUGCUAUAUAUAUAUAAUAAAACCGUUAUGAUUCCAUAUUUAAAAAUCACCGACAAUAA